GUUGUUUGUGCGUGAUUGUUCUGUGCUGCGUGAAUAUUACUGUAAAGAAUGACUUUUCUCAAAGAAUUUACGUGUUUUGUGGGCCGAAAUCGUUCUUCAAGACCACAGGUAAUCCAGAAGCAUCGGCUGAAGCUGUGGUUUAGUCGGCGGAGCGGCAGAAAACCGACGGACCAAGGAAAGACUCAAUGGGAAUGUAUUUUCAAGAAAGCCCCUUCAGGAGAGCAAGGCGCACAUCAUGGAGUCAAGACCAGCCUGACCUUCAAUCAGGUUAUGACAGGAAUUUGAGUGAAUGCACGGCAAGGGGUACCUGGAGGAGCCCCUGCGAGUGCCCGCGGGGGCUCCGUACGAAUGGUACACGACGACGACACCAGCGGCGCCACAUGUCACGCAGAAUCACGUGCCUCCGCGGCGUCUGGCGUCGGCCGAGACGCCGCCGUCCAAAAACGGCUGCUUCUGCUGCGAGGGGCUCCUGGGCCCCUCGGGGGCCCCGGCCCCGCACGCCGGCGACGCCGAGGACGGCUUCGGGGGCGUGGUGACCAGCAUGACUGGUGGCGCCGUCGGCAGGCGACGCGCCUACGAGGAAGACGCCCCCGCCGGUGGCGGCUGUUGCUGCGUGUCCGAGGGCAGUGCCGCCCCCGACCAAGACCCCGGGUGUUGCCGACCGGCGGCUUUGCUCCUUCUGCUCGUCGCCCUCCUCACACUCUUCCUGCUCGUCAGCGGCGCCAUCCUCUACACAAAUUAUUUGAAUUUGAAGCCGCGGCCACAUCUGCACCAAGGAGAAUCGUGUGCAGACAAUUUCUGCGCGUUCGGCGCGACAUGCGUCGAGGACGAGGACGGCGAGGCUCGAUGCCGGUGUCCCGAACACUGUCCCACCCUCGGCCAGCACCCGGUCUGCGGCUCGGACGGUCGUUCGUACGUCAGCGAGUGCGUCCUGCGGAUGACGGCGUGCCAGCGGCAGGAACAUCUCAGGGUCAUGCACCUCGGCGAAUGUGACAUGCCCGACCCGUGCGCCCAGAAGCAGUGUCCGCCGGGCGCGAGGUGCGUCGCCAGCGCCGACGGACGCUCGGCCCGCUGCGAGUGUCCAGCCAAGUGUCCCGCCUACGGCGACCACGUCGGCUCGAGGCCCGUCUGCGGCUCGGACGGCGUCGACUACGCCAACCUGUGCCAGCUGCGCAGAGCCGCCUGCACCGCCGACGCCGACAUCACCGUCCGCUACCACGGCAAGUGCGAUCCGUGCGCGGGGCUGCUGUGUCCGUCGCCUGAGGAGUGCCAACUGGACGAGGAUCGCAACCCGGUGUGCCGGUGCGGCGAGACGUGCCCGUUGGAGUUCAUGCCCGUGUGCGGCUCUGACGGAAAAACCUACGUCAACGAGUGCUCCCUCCGACAGCAGGCGUGCCGAACUCAAAAGAACUUGCGCAUAAUCUACCGCGGAGAAUGUUCGAGCGGCGUGAACCCGUGCGCCGGCAUUCGGUGCUCGCCAGGCCAGGAGUGCGUCAUCAACAAAUUCGGCAUCGCCAAGUGCGAGUGUCCGGCCGAGUGCGAACCCGUUUUGCGGCCGACCUGUGGCGACGACGGCCGCACUUAUGAUUCCGUGUGUCAGCUCAAAAGGGCAGCCUGCUUGGCCAAGCGAAGGGUUGCCGUUGCUCACGCCGGUGCUUGUGGUUCAGCAGGCCCGUGCAGUCGUCACGUGUGUUCCUUGGGCGCCCAGUGCGUGGAGAAGGGCGAUGGACUGCCGUACUGCGAGUGUCCCACGUGUCCGGCCGAGUUCUCGCCCGCGUGUGGCUCGGACGGUCUUUCGUACGACAACGAGUGCAAACUGCGGCUCGAGGCGUGUCUGCGCAAAAAGGAAAUCACCCUUCUCUACGACGGACUUUGUAAUGGCUGUGAAAGUAAGCAGUGCGAUUUCUACGCCGUCUGCGAGAGCGAUGGAUCUGGAAGCUCCAAGUGCGUCUGCCCGCAGAUUUGUCCCGCAGAUGUUUUGUCUGCGGUUUGCGGCAGCGACGGCCGGACCUAUCGUUCCGAGUGCGAGUUGCGAAUCCACGCGUGCAAAACGCAGAAGAUGCUUCUGGUCGCGCACAAGGGCGAUUGUGACGCGUGCUUGGAGGUGAAGUGCAAAUUCGGGGCUGUGUGUGAGGCGGGCGAGUGCGUGUGUCCAGGUGCGUGUCCGGCGAGCAAAACGGAGUCGAUUUGCGCCUCGGACGGCAUCACCUACGCCAGCGAGUGUGAAAUGGUCCGCGCUGGCUGCGCUGCCUCGCAAGAACUUCAAGUCGAAUUCUACGGCGAGUGCACAGAAAAACUAGUUACACCGGCGCCGACGGUGGCGCCGAUGAACACUUUCGCGCCUAUGGUGGUCGUUCGGAAGGGCGGCAAAGGGCCCGGCGCGCGCGCCAACGAGGUUGCGGGGGGCAAGGGGGCCGAGGCGGAGGCGUGCAAGGACAUCCGAUGCGACUUCGACGCGACCUGCGAACUCGGCGACGACCACUUCCCGCGCUGCACCUGCAAAUUCGAGUGUCCCGUCGCAGAAAACAAGCCGGUGUGCGCCUCUGACCUGCGGAUGUACCCGAACGCGUGCGCCAUGAAGAUGGAGGGAUGCCAACGCCAGGAGGAACUUCGACUCCGACCCAUCGACCUUUGUGAAGCAGGUAUGGAAGUGAAGCCUUGCAACGGCGCCACGCCGCUGGUGAGUCCGGAAACGGGCGACGAGUACGACUGCGGCAGCGGCCCCCGGAGGCAGGACUGCCCGUCGGCCAGCUACUGCCACCAAACGCCAAACUUCGCCAAGUGCUGUCGCAAAGAUGCGAUCGUUGCGCAGAAGAACUGCGAGGACUCCUGGUUUGGCUGCUGUCCUGAUGGCAAAACGCCAGCCCUGGGGGCGGACAAUGUGGGCUGCCCGUCCACCUGCAAUUGCAAUAAACUCGGAUCGUAUUCAGAAGACCAGUGCGACGAGGAGACGGGUCAGUGCGACUGCCGGCCAGGUGUUGGCGGAGAAAAGUGUGAUCGAUGCGAACCCGGCUACUGGGGACUGCUCAAGCUCUCCGAGGGCUACCUAGGAUGUAUUCCGUGCCAGUGCUCGUCACUGGGUUCGGUGAGAGACGACUGUGAGCAAAUGACAGGUCGCUGCGUUUGCAAACCUGGUGUUACCGGCCAACGCUGCACCAACUGCGCUCCCGGACUUGUCUUGGGACUCAAUGGAUGUGCCAGAGUCGAUCCUUCGGCGCCGCGACCAACUUCCUGCAGCGAGCUCGUGUGCUAUCACGGCGCCACGUGCGAGAUGAAAGCGGGCAAGGCCGAGUGCAGCUGCAGAAUCGCCUGUUCGGAAGAUCCCCCGACGCGAUCGCAGACUGUCUGCGGCAACGAUGGUCAGACGUACUCGACCGAGUGCCAAAUGAAGCAGUAUGCAUGCCGCUACCAAAAGGAGAUUGCGGUUCAGGGACUUGGCUCGUGCAGAGAACUGGGCAUAACUGAGGCGCCCCUUCGUCGUUGGACUGGCGAGCUGAGUUCCCCCCUGUACAAAUCGACUCGGCAUUUGCUGCCCCUCGAACACUACGACGGUGGGUCUGCGUGGGCCAAGGGCGGCGGUCACCGACCUACCCCCGCCACUGUGCAGGUGCGCUCCCUGCUGGGCGACGUGUGCUCCCGUGACCUGGACUGCGUCGUGGUUCACAGCAGGUGCUCCAGCAACAUUUGCAUUUGCAAGGAGGGCCACGUCGAGUCGUCCGACCACCUCGAGUGCAUUUCAAACAAUUCGAGAUACAAAAGGGGGUGUUCGUCACAACCGUGCCACAACGGGGGCACCUGCUACGAUUUGGACGAAGGAGUUUUCGAAUGCAAGUGUCAAACCAACUGGACUGGUAUUCAGUGCCAACAAGUUGCUGUCAAGAAAGAGUACGACAUUCCUGCUUUCGACGGUCAUUCCUUCGUCCAACUGAAGAGACUGAAAGCUUACAAUAAAUUCAGCAUAGAAAUUGAAUUCAAAACCUAUGCCAAUGAUGGAAUUUUGCUGUACAAUCAGCAAAAAACAGACGGAACCGGAGACUUCAUUUCACUGGCCAUUGUCAAUGGUCAUGUUGAAUUCCGGUACAACCUCGGUAAUGGCCCAGUGGUCAUAACUUCACAUGAAAAGGUCCAGCUCAAGAAAUUCCACCAUGUUGUGGCCAGAAGAUACCACAGGGAUGGCGUUCUAAAGCUGGACGAUUUCGAAGACGUAGCAGGGCAAUCUCAGGGCAGCCUUAAAUCUCUUGACUUGCAAGAAGACGCUUUCAUUGGUUUCGUCCCAACUCAAGAGAAAAAAGUUUUUGAAAAUAUCGGCACCAGUUUCGGUCUCAUCGGAUGCGUCCGGAAGUUGAAAAUCGGCCGCAAGGUGGUCGAGCUACACGCCGGACGAGACGCCCUGGUCGAGAAAACGCAGGGCAUCAGGGAAUGUGGAGAAAAUCCUUGUUCCGUUCUCCCGUGCCUGAAUGGCGGCACCUGUCUGGCCAUAGACUCAGUCAGCUUCAAGUGCGCCUGCACUGCCAGCUUCUCAGGUGACACGUGCGCCCUUCAGGUCGCACCUUGCGCCUCCUCACCCUGCGCCGCAGGAUCCUCCUGCGUCGAACUGGUCACCGGAUUCACGUGCCAGUGUCCGAUUGGCAAGAAAGGAAGAACGUGUCACGAAGUCGAGUUGAAUUUGCCAGAGGUUUACACGGCCGAGUUUCAAGGAGACUCUUUCCUGGCACUGCCGAAACUGGAGAAUGUGGCUCGAGCCUUUUCUUUUGAAGUUUGGUUCAUGUCGAGAGCUCCCUCAGGACUGCUUCUCUACGACGGCCAGCUGGUCGGUGGAAGGGGAGAUUUUAUUUCUCUAAAUCUGGUGGACAGACACGUCCAGUUCAAGUUCGACUUAGGCAGUGGCUCCGCUAACAUUACCUCUCCGACUUCAGUUACUCUGAAUGAGUGGCACAUGAUCAGAGUGAGCAGGGUGGACAAGGAGGGCACCCUGCAGGUUGAUAAUGACACGAUAGUGAAGGGAUCAUCAGGACCACCCCUAAACGAACUGAAUUUGGAGCUGCCUUUCUACAUCGGCGGAGUGCCGGCUUUGAGUGAAGUUAGCCGAGACUCUGGAGUGACUAUUGGUCUGAACGGUGCCAUCCAGCGGGUGGUAGUAAAUGGAGAGGUCUUGGACGACCUCGUCAAAAGGGCAAAUUCAAAAAGAGGCGUUUCUCAUUACUCGGGGCCACCUUGCUCAGGAAAUGCGUCUCCCUGCAAAAACGGCGGCGUCUGUCAUCCGAGGCUCAACAGUUUCUUGUGCAAAUGUGCUCCCAGCUACACCGGAGACCAGUGCCAACAAAGAAUUGGAGACGACGGGUUGGAGCGGCCUGUCAAAUUCACCGGAGAAACGUUCCUGCAGUAUUCCAACAAAGCCAUCCACAAACAGGUCGCUUCUAACAAAACCUUGCUUGUGGCAAACGCCUCGGAAGAAGUAGAUGUGGUGGAGGAGGAAAUUUACGAAGAUGACGACGAGGAAGGAAUCGAAAUCAACGAAGACGACGAAUAUGUUUACGACGAUGACGACUUUGACUUUUUUGACAAAAGGAGAAAAGGUGAGCGCAACAAUCGGUACGAGUUGAAGGUGCGCACGCAAGAGGACAAUGGGCUGCUCUUGUGGACAAACCGGGGCAACACCUUGAAGGACGACUUCCUGGCCAUUGCCGUCAUCAAUGGCUACCCUGAAAUUAGUUUCAACUUGGGAAGACAGAAGAAUCUUCUUGCCAUUCGCUCUCGGGUGAAAAUUUCCGAUGGCGUUUGGCACUCGAUCACUGUGCAGAGGCGCAAACGGCAGGCGCAGAUUUCGGUCGAUGGAUCCACACCCAUCAAGGGGGUUGCAGAGCAGGGGGCUUCUUUGCUCAACACGAACGGCCGCCUCUGGAUAGGCGGUGCGCCAACUUUGCCGCCUGGCCUUCCAGCCCAAUACUACCUGGGCUUCCGCGGUUGCGUCACUAGCGUCAAAGUGGACAAACGGCCGCUGCAUUUGGUGCACCACGCGGAAAACUCGCCGGCCACGCACUUCUGCGACGCCAACUAAAUAUUUAAUUAGAGUGACUUAUUCAACUAUAAGUGGGGUGAAUUGAAUGAAUGCAACUCUGGUGUGUAGGCGUGUCUUUUAUUUCAAGAACUAAAACUGCAAAGUGUGCGAGUCAAGUUUUUGUGAAUUAAAUCAGUCAUAAUUUGAAGUUAAAAAAAAGUCAGAAAUUUUAUCGACAUAUCAAAAUCUUUGAGUUUAAAAUUUUCAGCUAAUUCCUUUAAAAAUGGGAUCUGCGUGCUGAAUGUUAAAAAAAUAAUUCAUAUCAAUCUUCUUAUAUCAAAAACGAUCAAAAAUUACUUUAUCUGAAUAAUAUAGGAGCACAUUUGUUUCCCAUGAUUGAUAAUUGUAAUAUUUCAAUGUGUUGAUUUUUAAGGUUGCCUGUAAAUGAGGAAUUUCAAUGUUGUCUGUGGGUGAAAUGUGAAAAAUGAAAAUUUAUAUAUAAUAUUAGUCACUUUCUGUCGGCAGAAAUUUGAAUGAGAGUGAAUUGAAAUAUCAAGCCAGAGAGGAGACUAAAAGUAAACAAUUGUAUUCCGCCGUUACCCUUGUGUCGCAAUA